AUGCCUAGGCUGGAGUCAGCAGAGCCGAUGAACUCAGGUGCUGUGGGCUGGGCUGGGCUGGGGGUGCAUGGCGGGGUCCUGGGGCAAGAGGGGCAGGGAUGCGGAAUGCUAGAUGUCACCGGACUUGUAUUUCAGGCUGGGCUCCUCAGUCAGGAGCCCCGAAGUCUUAACUCAAAAGGAGAAAUUGCUGGGGUGGGGGGUGCUCCCCCGCCAGCCCCAGGCUCCUGUCUCAGGGAUGAACACAGCCUGGGGGUGCCGUGUCUGGGGAUGCCAUGUCCGGGGAUGCCGUGUCUGGGGGUGCCAUCCGGGGACGCCGUGUCCGGGGACACCGUGUCUGGGGAUGGGGGUGAGCCGGCCUUAGCUCAGGGUGGGGUUUCUGGGGCCAUGGCACCCUGA